AUGAACAAAACUAUGCUCAAAGUAUUUUCACCACUCACCCUUUUUUCUAGAGCAAAAGGUUACAAACAUCCAGGUGGAAUUCGUUGUCCUGGUGGUAUUCUCUAUUAUCCAAGGGAUCCAAAUUUUAAAGAAACCGAAUGCACUCCAGCGAAGCUCUUUAGAAUAGAACAGAUUAAAACUACUAAACAUCGGCCCUACUGGGAAAAAAAUAUAUUGGAGGAGCUUAAAAUUAGAGCUUUGCAUCAAUUUGCUAUUGUUAAAAAUAUCCCCGAGAUAAAUGCAAAGUUAUGGAAAAUUAAACACUUAAUAAAAGUUACUCCAAUAACAUUUCCCUAUGGAGAACCAACAGUGGAUGAUAUAAAACACACAGUUUUAAAAGAAAAUGGUCAAUGUAUUGUAACCAAAACAUUAAAGCCAAAAGAUGAUGAAAUUGCAGCUUUAGAAGAAUUUGAUAAGGAUCCAAAGAAAAUGAACUCAGUUACCAUAAAAAGAGAUUCUAGACUAAAAUGGAACAAUGCAUUUUCUGGUGGCUUUUAA